AGGGUAGCAUACAUAUAUAAUACCGCACCAGUUCUUUGAACUACAAUUUGCCGGCCGGUAUUCAGCAGUUAAUUUUGCAUUUAACGUCGUCUAACAAAAAAAUUAACUCAAGAUGCCUCAUUACAAGCUAACUUAUUUCCCAGUUAAAGCUUUGGGAGAGCCAAUCCGUUUUCUUUUCAGCUAUGGCGGAGUUGAAUUUGAGGACUACCGCUUUGACAGAGAAGACUGGCCAAAACUAAAGCCUGAGACGCCAUUUGGCCAAGUUCCUGUAUUGGAAGUUGAUGGAAAAAAAGUCUGCCAAUCUGUAGCUAUAUGCCGCUACUUGGCUAAACAGUUUGGUGUGGCUGGUAAGAAUGAUUGGGAAGCCCUUGAAAUUGAUUCUACUGUUGACACCAUUCAUGAUCUCCGUCUAAAAAUUGGUGCUUACCAUUAUGAGACCAAUGAGCAAAUCAAGGCUGAGAAAAAGAAAGUUGCCCUAGAGUUGCUGCCAUUCUACUUGGAACGUUUAGACGCUCAGGUGAAGAAAAACGGUGGCCACUUUGUGGGCGGUGCUUUUACCUGGGCUGACCUUACUUUCGUCGCUUUGCUCGACUACCUGAACUUCAUGAUGGGAUCCAACAUCAUCGAGAAAUACGAGAAUUUGACACAAUUGAAGAACAAGGUUCUCGCUAUACCCCAAAUUAAGAGCUGGGUCGCGAAACGUCCCGAAUCCGAUGCUAAAAUGUCCAACUACAAGUUAACAUACUUCAAUCUCACCGGGCUCGGUGAACCAAUCAGGUUCAUCUUGCACCAAAGUGGCAUCAAAUUCGAAGACAAGAGAUUUACCUUCGAAGAAUGGCCCGAACUUAAAUCUCAGAUGCCAUUGGGUCAGGUGCCCGUUUUGGAAAUCGACGGCAAACUUUACCAUCAAUCGAAAGCCAUCUGUCGUUUCCUUGCAAGGAAGAACAACCUAAGCGGUUCCAACGAACAGGAAUCAUACGAAAUCGACGCUACCGUUGACACAAUCGAUGACUUGAGAGUUGCAUUUUCACAAUAUUACUGGGAGAAGGACCCCGCUGCCAAGGGUAGGUUGAAGGAGGUACUUGAAACCAAACGACCCACCAUUCUUCAGAAACUCGAAGCACAGGUGAAGAAAAACGGAGGAUACUUCGUUGGUGGAAAGCUUUCCUGGGCUGAUCUUUUGUACUCCGCCUCAUCAGAGAUGUUGUCCGCCAUCUACGAGUCCGACGUGAAUAAGGAUUACCCAGAGCUGAAGAAGUUGGUGGACAAAGUAAGAGCGUUGCCGAAGAUCAAGGCUUAUCUGGACCACCGCCCAAAAGGCCUGUUCUAGACGUGACGAGGAUAAGAUCUCUGCUGUCUUAUCAUUUCAAAUGAUUUGUUUUGUAUUUCUUAUUUCAUGUUCGAUACGAACGGUCAAUAAUCAUUCUUAUUUUAGAGAAUUGUAAUUAAUUUUAAAAGUAUUUCUAAUUUGCACACUUUGUUAUGUACGUUUGAUAAAUAAAUAUUUUAUCGAAUA